CCCCAGUUUCUUAGUCUCCCUCCCAGUCUGGCAGGUGAAGUCUGUGGUCUGUAAAGUCCCGCACCCUGUGUCAGCAUGUUAGUCAGCCUCCUUGGUUAGGGUGAGCCACUGUGCCGCCAAAGUCCCUAUAAACUCCCUGGUGUGGCCCAGUGCCACAGAGUGGGGCCUGUGGGGCCUAUAGGCAGAGCCAGGGCCUUGUGCUGUGCUGAGGACAGCAGGGCAAGGGGUAGCACAGCCACCUGGGACAGAGGAACAGAGAGCAGAGCCUGGCUGAGAGCAAGCAGCAUACUAUGGCCUCUGGGAUGCCCUCUGAGCUCCCCAAGAAGGCCAGUGGAUGAGCCAGGACCCCAGGCAGCAGACAUCUGGUGAAGGAAGUACUGGAUCCAGGGCCAUGUCUGGGAAACGAGGUCGAGCUCGAAAGCCCCGAGGCAAGAGGGUGGGCAGGGCCCAGCGGGCAACUGGGCAGCAGCGCCCUGAGGCUGAGCCCCCGCCCCCCAACACAGGGGGCCCUCAGGACCAGGUGGGGGUGGCCCUAACGGGCCAUGUGACCAGCACUCAGCCAGCUCCUCAGGGACACUCUAAGGCCACCAGACCAGAGCAUCUACAGGCAGCCUGGAGGCCAGUUCAGGCCACUGUUGUGGAAUCCAAGCUGGUGCUGGCCCCUGAACACAUGGAGGGGGCCCCCAUGCCAGCCCUGGGCCCUGAAUUGUUGAGACUCCAUGAAGUCCAGCUGUGCCUAGCCCAGGAGCAACUGCUUUUGGAGGAUCGGAGGCGGCAGGUCCAGCUGCAGAUGCAGCUCUGGCAGGAGGAGCAGCUGUGGCUGCAGCAGCUGCAGGAGGAGCAGCUGUGGCUGCAGCAGCUGCAGGAGGAGCAGGCCUGGGUGCACAUGGAGGGGCUGCAGCUGGCUGUGGCCCUGGAGCAGCUCCGGAGUGGGAGCCUCGAGGCACUGCAAACCCAAGGCCAGGCCCCUGGCCCCAACAUGGCCCGUCGCUCCCAGAGCAGCUCACAGGGGGACAACCCACUGGCACCUGGAUACCUGCCACCUCACUACAAAGAAUACUACCGACUGGCAGUAGAUGCACUGACUGAGGGUGGGCCAGAAGCCUACAACCGCUUCUUGGCAUCUGAGGGGGCACCUGAUUUCCUGUGCCCUGAGGAGUUGGAACAUGUGAGCCGCCACCUGCAGCCCCCACAAUAUGUGUCCCGGGAGCCCCCUGAAGGCAGUCCUCCUGAUGUGGACAUGGAUGGUUCCUCGGGCACCUACUGGCCAGUGAACUCAGACCAGGCUGUGCCUGAACUGGAUCUGGGCUGGCCCCUGACCUUUGGCUUCCAAGGCACAGAGGUCACCACACUGGUACAACCACCGCCACCUGAAAGCCCCAGCAUCAAAGACGAAGCUCGGAGGAUGAUCCGUUCUGCCCAGCAGGUAGUAGCUGUGGUGAUGGACAUGUUCACUGACGUGGAUCUGCUCAGUGAAGUGCUCGAGGCUGCUGGGAGGCGAGUCCCAGUCUACAUUCUGCUGGAUGAAAUGAAUGCUCAGCACUUCCUAGACAUGGCUGAUAAGUGUCGUGUCAACCUGCACCACGUGGAUUUUCUGCGUGUGCGCACAGUGGCAGGGCCUGCCUAUUACUGCCGCACUGGGAAGUCUUUCAAGGGCCAUUUGAAGGAGAAGUUCUUGCUGGUGGACUGUGCUGUAGUGAUGAGCGGGAGUUAUAGCUUCAUGUGGUCCUUCGAGAAAAUCCACCGCAGUCUGGCUCAUGUGUUCCAGGGAGAGCUGGUCUCGAGCUUUGAUGAGGAGUUCCGCAUCUUGUUUGCACAGUCAGAGCCACUGGUGCCCUCAGCUGGGAUGCUAGCUCGCAUGGAUGCCUAUGCACUUGCUCCAUACUCUGGGGUUGGGCCCCUGGUGGGCGUUCCUGGGGUUGGAGCACCAACACCCUUUUCUUUCCCUAAACGGGCACACCUCCUAUUCCCACCACCCCGGGAAGAAGGCUUGGGCUUCCCUUCUUUUCUAGACCCUGACCGCCACUUCCUAUCUGCCUUCCGCCGUGAAGAGCUGCAGCGUAUGCCUGGGGGUGUAUUGGAGCCUCAUGCAGGCCUCCGGCCACUGGCGCGUCCAGGUGAGACUGGGCCUAUGGGAGAGCUCACAGGCCCCAGGGGCUUCUUCCAAGCACGCCACUUAGAGAUGGACGCCUUCAAGCGGCACAGUUACACAGCAGCCGAUGGAGGAGGAGCAGUGGAGAACUUCGCAGCUGCACGGCAGGUGUCGCGACAGACAUUCCUCAGCCAUGGUGAUGACUUCCGUUUCCAGACCAGCCACUUCCAACGUGACCAUCUCUACCAGCAGCAUUACCAGUGGGACCCACAGUUUGCCCCCACGCGCCCACAGGGCCUCUUCGAGAAGCUUCGUUCAGGCCGACCUGGCUUUGUGGACUCAGAUGACUUAGCUAGGCCCCGCUUCCCAGAACUUGGUGGAGAUGUGCACCAGCGGCUGGAAUAUGUGCCAUCCAGCGCAUCUCGAGAGGUAUGUCACGGCUCAGAUCCUCCCUUUGGAACUGGCCCUCGUGGUGUAGAGCCUAAUGGGGCCUUGCAUCCCAACCUGGGCCAGCGUUUUUCAUGCCAAGCAUCACUGAGGCAAGGCCUGGACACCACUAUGGAAGUGGAACCUGAGCGCAGGGGUGGACCCGAGGGACGGGCCGGACUACGUCACUGGCGCCUUGCCUCAUACCUGAGCGGCUGCCACAGCAAUGGUGGGGAGGAGGGUCUGCCGAUGGAAGCUGAAUCCUAUGAUGAUGAAGUGCUGACUCCUGGAGGCCGGGACCUGCUCCCCUCUGCCUUCCGCACUCCUGCACCCUUCCCAGCCAAGGGGCCAAAGCCAGGCUCAGGAAGCGGUGGUGGCGACAGCUUGGAGCACGAGGGCACAGAGGAGACAAGCCUGGCUAAGCAGGACUCCUUCCGCUCACGCUUGAACCCACUCAUUCAGCGCAGCUCCAGGUUGCGCUCUUCACUUAUCUUUGCCUCACAGGCCGAGGGUGCUAGUGGCACCACGGCAGCCACCACAGAAAAAGUACAGCUGCUACACAAAGAGCAGGCAGUCAAUGAAACUCUGGGUCCCAGUGGAGAAGCUGUUCGUUCCAGCGCCUCCGCAAAAGUGGCGGAGCUACUGGAAAAAUACAAGGGCCCUGCCCGGGACCCUAGUGGUGCAGGGGGUCCCAUCACUGUGUCCCACCACAGCAAAGCUGUAGUGGCCCAGUCCUGGCAGGAGGAGGUGGCAACACCAGGAGGAGCUGGAACUGAGCGCCGCAGCCUCGAGAGUUGCUUACUUGACCUGCGUGACUCUUUCGCGCAGCAGUUGCAUCAGGAGGCAGAGCGACACCCAGGGGCAGCUUCAAUGACCGCCGCGCAGCUGCUCGAUACCCUGGGUAGUACAGACCGCCUGCCUUCACGCUUCCUCUCCGCCCAGGGUCGCUCCUUGUCUCCACAAGGGCGAGAUAGUCCUCCACUAGAAGGGCCUGGAACAACACACCAGUUGCCUUAUUCUGAGCCAAAAAGGAGCCCCACCCCAACUUACCCUGAGCGCAAGGGGAGCCCCACAUCUGGAUUUCCCAAUCGGAGGGGCAGCCCAACCACAGGAUUGACUGAGCAGAAGGGGAGCCCCACUUCGGCUUACCCAGACCGCAAGGGCAGCCCAGUGCCACUACCUGAGCGCAGAGGCAGCCCGGUGCCCCCAGUGCCUGAGCGCAGGAGCAGUCCAGUACCCCCUGUCCCUGAGCGUAGAGGCAGUCUCACUUUUGCUGGGGAGCCUUCGAAGACUGGGCCUGCAGAAGAGGUGACUGGCGGCCCCAUGGAAGUCCUGCGAAAGGGCUCUCUCCGCCUCAGGCAGUUGCUGAGCCCCAAGAGUGAGCGGCGUGGGGAGGAUGAGGGCAGCCUUCCAGCUCCACAGGAAAAUGGGCAGCCUGAGAGUCCCCGACGGCCCUCGCUGGGUCUGGGUGACAGCAUAGAGGCUGCUGCAGAUGAGAGAAGCCCAAAGGUACGCCUGGCUUCUGCUACCGCCAAUGCCUUAUACAGCAGCAACCUGCGAGAUGACACGAAGGCUAUUCUGGAACAAAUCAGUGCCCACGGCCAGAAGCACCGCGGAGUCCUUGCUCCAGGCCCUCCUCACAGCAGUCCUGAGCUAGGUCGCCCAACAACUACAGGAGACUUGUCUCCAGACAUGUCCGACAAGGACAAGUGUUCAGCCAUCUUCCGCUCAGACAGCCUCGGGACACAAGGCCGGCUCAGCCGCACACUGCCUGCCAGCGCAGAGGAGCGUGACCGGCUCCUGCGCCGCAUGGAAAGCAUGCGUAAAGAGAAGCGUGUCUAUAGUCGCUUCGAAGUCUUCUGCAAAAAGGAGGAAGCCAGCAGUACUGGGGCAGGAGACAACCUGGCAGAUGAGGACACCAGGGACAGUAAAAUGGGCAAAUUUGUUCCCAAGAUUCUGGGUACAUUCAAAACCAAAAAAUGAAUCUCCUGGCUUGGAGGUCAGGACUCUGUAUCACUGCCACAUAGCACAGUACCCGUCUGGUACUGAUGGCGUGGUGGCUGCCAGACUGGUGUCAAAGCAGUUUGGGACCUGGCUGACAACCACCUGUACUGAGCUCCGCUUGACAGCCACACUGCUGCUCACCCUUGGCUUGGCCCUGCUAGGAGCUUAAUCCCUCCACCCAGGGCAUUUUCUUCAUCACCUCCUUCACCAUGUCCUAGGCUCAGGUCCACUUUGGGGCUUAAUUCACCUCAGGGAUCCAUAUCUCUGCCUUACUUGACAAUUUUUCAAGGACUUAUCACUAUGCCUCAGUUCCCACUUAGGGCCUUUUUUAUCUCAGGGCUUUUUCUCAGGGUGUGCAUCUCACUGCCUCCUGGAUUCACUGUCCCCCUCUGGAGACAGCUUCCUUCCAUCCCCUCACCUCAGAUCAUCUCUCUCUCUCACUCUGGAACUUGCCUUCACUGCUUCCACUCUUUCUCCUCAUUGCCUCCUAGCACUUGGCAUCUGUCCUCUUGCUGUGGGGAAGGCAGGGAUGCUAGACAGGGCAGGCCACUGGGAAGUAGUUGCCAAACCCUACUGGGGCUGCCUUAAGUCACCUCUGCCUUCUCCAGCAAAUCUCUGGGUAGCACUUGAAGAGGAGCCAGAAGUGGGGAGUACUGGAUUUUGCAUUAUAAUAAAGCAGUCUGGACAGACUUUCUAUGA